AUGUGUUGUGUCGUUCCCAAUUGGUUGGUGAAUUGGGCAAAGUUAGAAGACGUAACCACCCCUACGUCAUAUUCGCCAAUUUCAAACAUUGCACAUAGUUCAACGCCAAGACAAGUAGGCACUUCGAGUCCUCAUUUUGGUGAAACGAGCACAAGAGCUUUUUGUACGUCCUGUCAAAGUGACGUUGAUACGGCUAUAUUACGGAAGGAUGGAGCUUUUACCUUCCUCGCGAGCUGUGUGCUGAUAUACUUUAGGUGUGGCAUAUUCUGCUGCUUCAUACCAUUCUGUUUGAAGUCCUACAAGGACACUGUACACUAUUGUCCUGUUUGUUCGCGGGAGUUAGGAAGAUUGAAGCGCAUUUAA